AUGGCCAAAGGCACAGACUCACCAUCGGCGCGUACCGCUUCUCGUUCGUCUAGAGGACCACGAAAGUCUCCUUCAGCCACAACUUCAAGGCGACAGCCCGCCGAGUCCUCGCAGGCGGCUCUGGACCAAUCAUCAGAUCAGCUCCCCUCGGCACGUAGACGCUCCAGCGUUGAGGGCGAGGGAACCGUUACACCAAACUCCGAUGCGCCUGCCACAGGGCCGCGAGGCUCGAUAGUAUCCUUUUCUCCCCCUGCUGCGCAGAAUAACCUUUCAUCCUCUGCGCGUCCUGCAGUGUUCCCGGAUACAGGUCAGGAGCAUGUAACUCGAGAUGCAGCGCCGGAUUUUGACCCAUUUAUGAACUUCACACCUACCAACUUCGAAAAUAUUCAUUACAUGUCAGAUAUUCUUCAUGUACCGACUUCCCAACUGUUUGAGCCGGGCCUCGGCGAAUCAUUACAGCCUGUCACGCUCAUGGAGCAAUAUUCUCCAAUCCCGUUCGAUAAUACGGCCGGCUUGCUGAACCUCAGCCCUGGCCUGGAAGCAAAGAGUGGCAGAGUGUCAGGGUUGGAAUACGGCGUUGGCUCAAAUCUCGACUCAGACGACAGGGAGCAUCUCAGUGCUCCUGGUUUGUCAGUCUGGAAAGACUUGAGCAAUGGAAAGUUUAUUGGAGCCGUUUCUACGGGCAAUAUCGUCUCGUCAAGCUUGCGGGGUCCAAUCCAGCUCAACGGUACCUUGACCGAAUCAGACGCAAGAGACUACCUCAUUGGAGCGGUGGAGCAUGUCGACGAGGCAGGCGCCGUAGAUCACGACUCUGUCUUCACUCCCGCGCUACCAUCGGACGAGGCGACACGACGCUUUGCCAAAGCUUAUUACCGGCAUGUCCAUCCAGUGUAUCCCAUUGUCGUACAGCAAACUCUGGAGACGGAAUGGGCCAGCGUGCGGGAUCAGCACGCUACCGCCACCUCCCUAUCUCUAGUCUAUCUCAUUACUGCGAUAGGCUGUCUCAACGACCAUAGCGGAGUUUCGUCGGAGGUCGAACGAAUCACGCAAUCUCAGGCUUUCCACCGCCAGUCCUGGGAGUUACUAGGUUAUGUCCUAGACCGUCCUUACAUGCGCUCUGUCCAAGUCAUCAUCCUCCACGUCAUAUACCUUUCCCACCUGAGUAAGAGUGGUAUCUCUUGGGUGCUUUGCGGGCUAGCGAUCCGAAUAGCUCAGUCUCUAGGCCUGCACCGGCGCCACACUGGUGACCCGUCUCUGACCGAAGCUGAACAGCGAGUCAGAUCUGCAGUAUGGUGGGUUUGUUACACACUUGAUGCCCUGCUCUCCGCUAGCCAAGGCAGACUGCCUGCAAUUCCGGACGAACUUUGUGAGACUUCAAUAGAUCUCGAAGCUUUGACCUCGCCGGGCCUCUCCAACGUCUUGAUUCCCAGAACCUUCCGCUGGCAUGUCGAACUCUCACGGAUCAAGAACAAACUGUCAUGCCUUUUCGCAGGCGUUGUGGCAAAGGAUAUGCUGGCAGGCUGUAUUGGCGAGCUGGACAUGGCUCUAACUACCUGGCGGGACAACCUGCCAUUGGAAGUCAGGCCUGAGCAAGAAAUUGUCGCCGCUCGCGAACACUACCCAUUCAUUGCCAUGCUUCAUCUCCAGUACUUCAACACGUUGUGUGUUCUCCAUUGGAUUUCCGCUGAUCUGGCGCGUCGAGACCGCUUGCCUCUGGACUCCCGCCUCCACCCCCGUGUCUCGGCAAGCGAAUCAGUUUCGGUCUCGGCUGCACGAUCGUUCAUUAAAGUGCUCAAUGACCUAUCUGAAGAAUUCAGUGAGGAGAAAAUCCCGCCCGUAUACACACACACGGAUCACUACAUGACUGCAAUCUCCAUCAUCUUCGCCAACAUCUUCAAGUAUCCGCAAAAGAUGUCGGCCCGAGCAGACCUUGAAUUCCUGAAAGCGUGUCAUUAUCAUUUCACGCAGCAAGUCAAUCCAUACCGCUUCAAUCCCAGGAUGCGAAACUUAUUCCACAAGAUCAUGUCAUCUGCAGAGAGCUUACUACAGAGUCAAAACAGCAAAUACUGA